AUCUGCGCAUGCUCGGUGCAGCCAAAGUCGGGAAUCUGGAGCGGACACUGUUUCCGUCGUUACACCGGCAGCGGGGCCAUAGCCGGGGCUGGGAGCUGCUCCAGCCCUGCAGCCCGCGGGGCAGCCCGGAGGAACCACAAAAGCAUCUGGCCCUUCUGGGAAAAGAGAGAGAAGCAGCCAAAGCGGAAGAGGAGCAGCAAAGCGAGGAGCUGCUGAUCUGGUCGCCCCAUCUCAAAAAAGAUACUUUGGAAUUGGAAAAGGUUCAGAGAAGGUCAGCAAAAAUGAUGAAGGGUCCAGAACAGCUUCCGUCUGAGAAACAGACGGAAGCCGAGAGGCAGAAGAUCGUCUGGGAGUGGCAGGAGCUGCGAGGAUUUCUGGAGGAGCAGGAGCAGCGGCUGCUGUCCCGGCUGGAGGAGCUAGAGAGAGCCAUUGUCCAGAGAAGGGAUGAGGGCGUCUGCAGUCUGUCCUGGGAGAUUUCCCUGCUCAGCGAGAGGGGAGGAGAGAAGGGGCAGCAGCCGCUGAGCCAACCCCUGCAGGGUGCUGGGAGCACUGUGGGCAGCAGGGAGGACGGGACGUUUCGGAAUCCAGAGCCGUCGUUUACGGAGCUGGAGAAGAGACUCAGCGAUUUCUCUCUGAAAAGUGCCAUGCUGCAGGAGGUGCUCCUGGGAUUCAAAGAGACGCUGCAACGGGAGCUGGGGAGCGACACAGGCUACAGAUUAAUGUCCACAUUUUGCUCCAGAUCAUCCCAUCCUCCCAGGGGGAAGGAAAUGGCUUCAAUGGAGCUGGCUCAGAGUGUUGAGAUUCCUACCAGGGAGACACCAGCAGGGUCCAGAGACAGCCCCAUCUUCUAUUAUCAAGCUCUGGCUAGUAGGGGCCGGUGACCUUCGAGGAGGUGGCUGUGUAUUUCACCAG